ACCACACCAAACCGCGAGCGAUGGACGCCGCGGCAGCUCCGGGAGGGAGGGAUGGCGAGGAGAAGGAAGAGAAGAGGGGGAGCGGCGGCGGCGACGCCGGCGACAAGAGGGUGUCGUUCACGGGGCUGUUCCGGUACGCCGACGGCACGGACGUCAUGCUGAUGCUCCUCGGCACGGUGGGGGCGCUGGCCAACGGCGUCACGCAGCCCAUCAUGACGCUCAUCUUCGGCCAGGUCAUCGACGCCUUCGGCGGCUCCGUCGCCAUGGGCGACGUCCUCCAACGCGUCAACAAGGCAGUUCUGAAUUUUGUCUACCUGGGCAUUGCAACAGCUGUUGUUUCCUUUCUCCAGGUGUCAUGCUGGACAAUGACAGGAGAAAGACAGGCAACACGCAUUCGAUCUCUGUACCUCAAAUCUGUCUUGAGGCAAGAAAUAGCAUUCUUUGAUGUAGAAAUGACAACUGGGCAAGUAGUUUCAAGGAUGUCUGGUGAUACCGUGUUGGUUCAGGAUGCCAUUGGUGAGAAGGUCGGCAAGUUCCAACAACUUAUUGCUACCUUCGUAGGUGGCUUUGUAAUAGCAUUCGUAAAAGGAUGGCUGUUAUCUCUUGUCAUGUUGGCAUGCAUACCUCCAGUUGUCAUUGCUGGAGGAAUUGUCUCAAAAAUGCUCUCUAAAAUCUCUAGCAAGGGGCAAACAUCAUACAGCGAUGCAGGGAAUGUAGUCGAACAGACGCUUGGGAACAUUAAAACAGUGGUCUCCUUCAACGGUGAGAAGCAGGCUAUUGCAACCUACAAUAAACUCAUACACAAGGCAUAUAAGGCAGCUGUUGAGGAAGGAAUUACAAAUGGUUUUGGCAUGGGUUCUGUUUUCUUUAUAUUUUUCUCAAGCUAUGGAUUAGCCAUAUGGUACGGCGGCAAGUUGAUUCUUAGCAGAGGUUACUCAGGAGGAGACGUCAUCAACAUCUUGUUUGCUAUAAUGACUGGGGCAAUGUCUUUAGGUAAUGCAACACCCUGCAUGGCAGCCUUUGCAGAAGGACAAUCUGCAGCAUACAGAUUAUUUGCAACAAUCAAGAGGAAACCAGAAAUUGACCCUGAUGACCCAACCGGUAAGCAGUUAGAAGACAUCAAGGGUGAUGUUGACCUAAAGCACGUGUACUUCAGCUACCCAGCAAGACCAGAGCAACUAAUAUUUGAUGGAUUCUCAUUACAUGUGUCUAGCGGCACUACAAUGGCUAUAGUUGGGGAGAGUGGAAGUGGCAAAUCAACUGUGAUAAGUCUUGUGGAGAGAUUCUAUGAUCCACAGGCUGGUGAGGUUUUAAUUGAUGGGAUUAACAUUAAGAAUUUGCGACUUGAUUGGAUAAGAGGGAAGAUUGGUCUUGUUAACCAAGAGCCGUUGCUCUUUAUGACAUCUAUCAAAGAUAACAUAUCAUAUGGCAAAGAGGACGCAACAAUUGAAGAGAUCAAAAGAGCAGCUGAGCUUGCUAAUGCAGCAAAUUUCAUUGAUAAAUUGCCCAACGGCUAUGACACGAUGGUUGGCCAACGUGGUGCUCAGCUCUCUGGGGGCCAAAAGCAAAGGAUCGCUAUUGCAAGAGCAAUAAUUAAAGACCCUAGAAUUCUUUUGUUAGAUGAGGCGACUAGUGCAUUGGAUGUGGAGUCAGAGCGGAUUGUUCAGGAAGCACUGAAUAGGAUCAUGGUGAAUAGAACAACACUAGUGGUUGCACAUCGUCUGAGUACUGUGAGGAAUGCUGAUUGCAUAUCAGUUGUGCAACAAGGGAAAAUAGUCGAACAAGGUCCCCAUGACGAAUUGAUAAUGAACCCUGAUGGUGCUUAUUCUCAACUUAUUCGUCUGCAAGAAAGCCAAGAAGAGGAACAUCAGAAAGAUCAGCGCUUGUCUGAUCCAAGGUCUAAAAGUAGAAGCCUCUCACUGAAGCGAUCGAUAAGCAGAGGUUCCGCAGGAAACAGUAGUCGCCAUUCUUUGACGCUCCCAUUUGGUAUGCCUGGUUCAGUUGAGUUGCUCGAAGGCAAUGAUGCAAACAGGGAGAAUCAGAAAGAGCAGGCUGAUGAUAGUGAGGCCCCUAAGAAAGCUCCUAUGGGACGGCUAGCUGGUCUAAACAAGCCAGAGCUACCGAUUCUUUUGUUAGGAGCACUAGCAGCUGGAGUCCAUGGAGUGCUUUUUCCAAUGUUUGGUCUAAUGAUCUCCAAUGCCAUCAAAACUUUCUAUGAGCCGCCUCACGAACUAAGAAAGCAUUCAAGCUUUUGGGGUUUGAUGUGUGUUGUGCUGGGUAUUGUAUCGAUAGUAUCAGUACCAGUGGAGUAUUUCUUAUUUGGAGUAGCCGGGGGAAAGCUUAUCGAGCGUAUUCGUGCCUUGUCAUUUCGGAGCAUUGUGCACCAAGAAGUUUCUUGGUUUGAUGAUCCCAAAAACUCCAGGUUAACUACCAUCACUUUGUUCAAUGUAUUAUUUUCUUUAUUUCUACUUAAGGUCCGCAAUUGGUGUACUAAUGGUCAAAUUGUAUUUUACAGUGGAGCGCUUGGUGCAAAGUUGUCAGUUGAUGCUCUGAAUGUCCGACGAUUAGUGGGUGAUAACUUGGCCUUGUUGACUCAGGUCAUCUCAACACUAAUCACUGGAUUUGUCAUUGCUUUUGUGGCAGACUGGAAGCUCACAUUGAUCAUCCUUUGUGUAAUGCCACUAUCGGGUGCUCAAGGUUAUGCACAAGUAAAGUUCUUGAAGGGCUUCAGUCAAGAUGCCAAGAUGCUGUAUGAAGAUGCAAGUCAAGUCGCCACUGAUGCAAUCAGUAGUAUCAGGACUGUAGCUUCUUUUUGUGCUGAGAAAAGAGUCAUGACAAUCUAUGAUCAUAAAUGUGAAGCUUCAAAGAAUCAAGGGGUCAGAACAGGAAUGGUCGGUGGCCUUGGUUUUGGUUUUUCAUUCAUGAUGAUGUAUCUUACAUAUGGUCUCUGUUUCUAUGUUGGAGGGCAAUUCGUGCGUCAUAAUAAAUCUAGUUUUGGAGACGUUUUCAAGGUUUUCUUUGCACUGAUGUUGGCAACAAUUGGUGUAUCUCAAACAAGUGCAUUGGCUUCUGAUUCUACAAAGGCGAAGGAUUCAUCUAUCUCCAUAUUUGCUUUAUUGGACCGAAAGUCAAAAAUCGAUUCAGGCAGUGAUGAAGGUUUGACACUAGACGAGGUCAAGGGUGACAUCGACUUUCGACAUGUUAGCUUCAAGUAUCCAAGCCGUCCAGAUGUUCAAAUCUUCAGUGAUUUUACCCUGCACAUUCCCUCUGGAAAGACUGUAGCACUUGUGGGAGAGAGUGGCAGUGGAAAAUCAACAGUAAUUUCUUUGCUGGAACGAUUCUACAAUCCUGACUCUGGUACAAUCUCAUUGGAUGGGGUAGAAAUCAAAAGCCUAAAACUCAAUUGGCUAAGGGACCAAAUGGGGCUGGUGGGCCAAGAGCCUGUGCUAUUCAACGACACAAUCCGUGCCAACAUAGCAUAUGGGAAGCACGGGGAGGUCACUGAGGAGGAGCUCAUCAAGGUCGCAAAAGCAGCCAAUGCGCAUGAGUUCAUAUCAAGCCUUCCCCAGGGGUAUGACACUACCGUUGGAGAGAGGGGGGUUCAGCUAUCCGGUGGCCAGAAGCAGCGGGUGGCCAUUGCACGGGCCAUACUAAAAGAUCCUAGGAUUCUUCUUCUUGAUGAGGCAACAAGCGCAUUGGAUGCUGAGUCUGAGCGCAUUGUGCAAGAUGCCUUGGAUAAUGUCAUGGUUGGCAGGACCACAAUUAUUGUGGCGCACCGCCUCUCAACGAUCAAAAGUGCCAAUAUUAUUGCAGUUCUCAAGGAUGGCGCGAUAGUGGAGAAAGGAAGACAUGAGACGCUGAUGAACAUCAAAGAUGGAUUCUAUGCUUCGCUAGUUGAACUUCGUUCAGCUUCAUCGUAGUACCUAGGUUAAGAAUUUUGUUUCAAAUCACUAGGCAUUGUACAUCUUCCUUGAUUCUUCUCUUUGUUUUUAUAGUUCUUCUGUGCUAUGAAUUCAUUGGGAUUUACAGAAGAAUUUCGAGAGUAAACUUUUCUUUGCAUCACUGUAAGCAUUUGGCUGACAUUUUGAACGGUGGACUCCAUGUAGAUACGAAAAGUAGUCAUGAUGAUUUGCAUUGUACCUAUGUGGCUAUGUCAAUAUCAACUACUGAUCCCCGAAAUACAAGGGACCACGGACCUGUUUGGAGUGGUAAUUUGGAUCC